AUGGCGUCGCACGUCCAAGAAGACGAGAUUACCAUGAGCAGCGAGGAGUUGCUCCAAGCUCAGCUCGAGCUCUACCACCACUGCUUCGUCUACAUCAAGUCCAUGGCGCUCGGCGCGGCCACCGAGCUGCGAAUUGCCGACGCCAUACACCUCAGGGGUGGUGCCACCACCUUGUCUGAUCUUGCCGCCGACACAGGGAUCCACCGGACGAAGGUCUCCCACCUCCAGCGGCUCAUGCGCGUGCUCACCACCUCUGGUGUCUUCUCCGUCGAUGUCCAGGCUAGCGGCGCCACCGUGUACAAGCUCACCAGGGUUUCCGGCCUCCUCGUCGGAGUUGGCGGCGAGAGGCCACGCCGCUGCGACCUGUCCCCUAUCGUGAGCGUGUUGGUCAACCCGGUGCCCGUCACUGCUCUCUUCAGCAUACGCGAGUGGUUCACCGACGGAAAGAGCGCCACCUCGUCGCUCUUUGAGGUGGCGCAUGGCUGUACACGGUGGGAGAUGAUAGCGAAGGACGCCGGCGAUGACCGCGUGUUCAACGCCGGUCUGGACGCGGACAGCCGCUUCAGUAUGGAGAUCAUUCUAAGAGAGUACAGCGGCGUCUUCGGAUCCGUGCGCAGCUCACUGGUGGACGUCGGUGGCGCCCAUGGCACCGUUGCCGCGGCCAUCGCCAAGGCAUUCCCGCACAUAAAGUGCACCGUGCUGGACCUCCCUGUCGUCGUCGCCGGGGCUCCUGCGGAUGACAAUUUGACCUUCAUCGCCGGCGACAUGUUUGAGUACAUCCCACCAGCGGACACCGUUCUACUCAAGUGGAUUUUGCACGAUUGGGCAGACGAAGAUUGCGUCAAGAUACUGCGCCAAUGCAAGAAAGCCAUUCCGACAAGGGACGCCGGAGGGAAGGUGAUAGUCAUGGAUAUGGUGGUCGGAACUGCAGGGUCACAGGAAACCGUGUCCAAGGAGACGGAGGUUUUGUUUGAUGUCUUCAUGAUGUACAUCGACGGGACCCAGCGAGAGGAGCAUCAGUGGAGCAAGAUUUUCUAUGAAGCUGGGUUCAGUGACUACAGGAUUACACCGAUGACUGGAAUUCGCUCAAUUAUUGAAGUCUACCCUUGA